ACCUUUAAAGCAGUUCUAUAGGAUCCACCUCAAACAAGCAACCUGUCCACUUCCGACGAGAUACUUUACGUUUGAAGGUGACCUUUCCACAUACGAUUGUUGCCCUCGAGCUGAUCUCAAUGUCCAUUGCCACAGCUAAGCAGCUCUAUAUGUCAGACGAAGUAGAAAAUGAUGCACGCAUCUAUCGGAUGAGAUUCGCGGGAUUACAAGGGCUGGAACGUCUAGACGACACCAACGAGGCGGUGAAACCAGGGGCAAGAUAUGUAUACGGAAUGGCUGCUACCAUCCAGUGGCUCGAGGAAUUCGGACACACCCUUCGCGACAUCAUCACCCCAGGCCGAUACCCACAAAUAGAGGAUAUAAUCGACUACAUCAUGUCGAAGGCCGGAGACGGUGUAGUGUGUUCUGGUCACAUAGUAGAGUGUAUUCCCCGUGCCAAAGUGAGAGUCGGAAGGGAGGAGACUCGAGCGGACGAUCUUUUUGGGGCAUGGGUUCUUUGCAUUGGGAUGAAUAAGGACGCGCAGUCGAUGAGGUGGACGCAGGAUAGGGCCAAGAUUGAGGCCCUUGAGAAUGCCUUCAGCGGUGUGAAUCAAGAUCAUAUUAAACUGGCUUGGUUCCUUCCUAGCGACCGCCUCCAGCAUAUUUCUUGAUUUAUUCCACUUGGGUGACCUGUGCGGUUGAUAGUACAAGAUUUCAGUUUGGUUAUCUUCAGGUUGUUUUCUAACCGAUCUUUACAUCGCGGUCAAUAACGGUUCCGGUAGCACAGACAUUGAACGGUGUUCAGUACUAGUGUUCCUGACUAGUCACUAGUUAUAGGGAGAGACAUACUUGCUAUAGGAUAUAUUCUAUGUCCCUGAACCAGUGUCCGAAACACGGAGUAGGUAACAAUGGAUAGUAAGUUGGUAAACUUUGCGACAGAAGUACUGUAGUACGAUUAUAGUGUUCUCUAAAGAAGGCCUAUAAGCU